UGAGAUUAUAGGAGAGACAGGUGCUACUGCCCGUACAGUCAUUAAAGUUUAUUUGCCAGGUUUCAAGAUUGGGGAAUUGAAGGUUACGCAUGUUCAAGGAUGCGAACCACAACAAAUAAGGAUCGCGGGAAAAAGGCCUAGAGAAGGUAAUAUAUGGAUCUGGUUUACAACAGAGUUCCCCAUCCCACCAGAUUGCGACGCCGCGGGUGAGAUCAAAGCUAGAUUUGAAGGCGGCAUUCUGAGCGUCACACUACCAAAAAAGACUGCCAGCGUGCAAAAGCCCGAUGAAACGAAGGAGCCGAAAGAGAGUGGACAAGAACAACAGCCAAAAGGACAAACAGAAACUAGUAAUAAUCAUGAUCAAAAGCCAACCAAUGGCUCUGUUCAAGACACGAACAACAAGAAAGCUGAAGAACCCGCGGCUCCCAAAGUGAAAGGAAAGGCUGGCAUUUCAGAAGAGGAGCCGAAACUAGAAGAGUCAAGAGGACAAACCAGCACUACUUCCCAGGCAAGCGCAAAGGUUGUUGCUUAUCCAGAGACAAGGGAAGAGGAGAGCUCUGAGGCUGUUCGAGGUGGGUCAACUUCUGACCCUCCUCCUCCAAAGCCUCGAGAGUCAAACAAGAAAGCUGAAGAGCAGGAAGGUGGCGAGCCCGCGAAUCAGCAAGAAAAAGGAGAGGCUGUUACAAAAGAGGUGCCGAAACCAGAAGAGCCAACGAGCCAUGCACAACAGGCAAAACAACCUAAUGAAGUGAACGGUGCAAAGAGUGAAACUACUACCGAUGACAACCAGAAAGAAGAAGGGGAUGCCAAAAACGCAGUCAAGAGAAAGGGUUAUGAGUGUACCUUCGCCGAAACGAAGUUGAGAUAGCGCGUGAAAAUGUUGAAUUUGGCUCUGGUGGUUUUGGCUGGCAUUGGCAUUGGACUGUAUGUUAAAAACAUGGUUAGAUCCUAUGGUGGGGAGGCUGAUGAGUGAAUAUCCUGCACAGCUAGAAUUGUGAAUAACACACAACUUACAUGUGAUUGAUUGUAUAUUAUUGAAUGAAAUAUGACAAGAAGAAGGCGAAGAUCAAACAAGAAGGAGAAGAACUGAAAUGGCAUCAAAUAUGACCAAGACCAACACUCCCCCUCCACCCAGAGUUUAUGUGGGUUUUAAGCCUAAAGUUGAGAUUUCAGAAGAUGGUACCGUCAUGAAGAUUCAUUUUCCAGGUUUCAAGAAGGAACAACUACAAAUUCAACAUAUUAAAACCACACCAGGCAAGCUGAGGAUCACAGGAGAAAGGCAUGCACACAGAGAUAAAUGGCUCAAGACUGAAGAAGAGUUCCUGAUUUCACCGGAUUGCGACACGGGUAAGAUCAAAGCAGUGUUUCAAAGCGGCGGCAUUCUAAGCGUCACACUGCCAAAAAAGACCGCUAGUGAAACAGAAAAACAACAGGAGGGAACUAGAGAGCAGAGAGAGAGUGGUCAAGAGCAGGCAAAAGGACAAACCAGCAGUACUUCCCAGGCAAGCAAAAAGGUUGCACCAGAAUCUUCCAAGCCUCAAGAGACAAGGAAAGAGUCAAACAAGAAAGCUGAAGAACAGGAAAACAGCAAACCCAUGGAUCCCCAAGGAAAAGGAAAGGCUGUUUCGGAAGAGGUGCCGAAACCAGAAGAGCCAAAGAGCCAUACACAACAAGCGAAACCUGCAGAACCGAAAGAUGCAAAAAGUGUAACCGGAAGAUCAUCUGAUGAUGCUAAAAGCAGCAGUGCCAUUAAAGAAGGAUCAGCAAGCCAAAUUACCAAAAACGCAACCAGUACAGAGGGUUAUGAGUACGGUACCUUCGCUGAAAUGAAGUCGAGGAGGUACGAAAAAACGAUGAAUUUGGUUCUGGUGGUUUUGGCUGUCAUUGGCAUUGGACUGUAUGUUAAGAACAUUUAUGAUUAUUAGAUCUGAAGCUGAAGAAUGAAUGUCAUGUAAACACCUUCAGGAAAAAUAAUAACACAUUGCAGCGCACAGCUAGAAUUGUGAAUAACACAAUAUUCAUGUGAUUGAUUGUAUACUAUUGUUGAAUGGAAUAAAGAGCAUAUGAAUAAGAGAAAUUGCUAGAUUGACAAACAAAAUGGUCACAAACUUCACAAACUUACUAUUUGUAAAUUUCAAUAAAAAAAUUUAAAUAGUUUAGAAUAAUUUUAAAAUGAAAAUUUAAACCAUAAAUGUAUUCAAACACUAAUUUGGCCGUAACCGAUCCGACCAAAUCUUGAGUCGAAUCCAAAAUCAAAUCCCAACCAGACCCCUAUCGGGCGACCGGACCAAACCAGAUUGCCAUCCCUACUUCCGCUCCUCUCACGGCAAAACCCUCUCACCCUUACAAAACUUUGUCACCCACAAUCCGAUUUCUUUUCUUUUUCGAUUUUACUGUAAUUUGUCAAAAGUUGCUCACCAAACAGCAAUGAAAGAAAUGGGAGAAAUCAGAGGAGAGACAAUGGAAGGAGGAGAUAAGAAGGCAGAGGUGAUUCUGGUGCGCACGUUGGGUGCGGAUGAGCCGAAACACUAUGACAAAGAUGGCGUGUACGAUUUCACCAGGUGGAUCUGAGUGAAGGAGGCAAGCAAUUGAUUGUGGGGUGCUUCCCAUUAAGGUUAUUGAAUGGUUGUCAUGUCAUCUUUGGUUGACAAAUAAAAUAUGCUUUGUUUGGUGGUGUAUUCCAUUUAGUGUUUGCCUAUUUAUAGGUUGUUGUACCUUUCAAGUUACUCAAGUCCUUCUUUGUCAUUUCUUUCGGACAGUCGUUAAUACGUUGUUCUUUGUAAAAUUCAUUGGUCCUUGAUAUUGAUUAUUUUCUUAGUCGUCAUAUGAAUGUAACUUGAGUCUUUCUUGGUGGGCAUUGUUUGUGUUAGAAUACGGAGUAUAUCGUUACGUUAGAAUACAGG